UUUAAGAACGUUACAAGUGUAUCAAAGCGAUUGUAAAUUUGAAGUAAAAUUAAAAUGGUAUAGGUAUCCCGAAGAAAAAAACUAGGGUGGAAAUGAUCAAAUCAUUUUUUAGAAAUAACGACUAUCUGCGCGAACAACAGCUGCUAUUUUCAAUGAAAGACAUCCUGGAAAAAAAUUAUCCACUGCUUACAGUUACCAAAUUCGGCGCUACUGGUUCAGUCGGAAACACAAUGAGAGUGAAUGAAAAAGAAGCGAGGGACGUGGCUGUCUUAGGUCAUGUAGCAUUGGAUCCGAUCUUCAUUACUAGGAAAUUGUUCGAUAUAUCUGAUGUACUAUGCACUACAAUUGUGAGAAUCUUGAAACAACAAAAAUUCCAUCCUAAUAAGAUACGAUUGGUUCAGGAACCGAAUGGGGAUGAUCCCGUUCGCCGACUCCAGUUCUGUGAAGUGCGACCGUGGGGACGAGGCCGCGGAAGAGGACGAGGUUGAAGGGGACAAGGAAGACAGGUCCCUCUCGCCCCACUGAAGAGCCGUCUCCGCCAGCACCUGAAAACCCCGGUCUAGGGAUAAGAUUUUUUCAAAUAAGCACCCCAUUUUUUUUAGCCAUAAUGGUAUCUACGUUGAAAAAUAAUAUAGGUGUGCAAAUAACAUUAUUGGCCUAAAAUGAAUUUUUUCAUUCAUAUUCAGAAUGGACCUUUUUCCGAUCACAUGCCGAAU